GCCGUGCUGCGCGGCUGGCUUCCGUUGGCUUCCGUUUCCAUCUGCUGCCUGUUCUUUUGGGGCGAGUACCUUGGUGACAUCACACAAAAAGGCUAUGAGAAGAAGAGGUCAAAAUUAAUUGGCGCCUACCUUCCCCAGCCUCCGACAGCGAAUGGAGCUGCCGUGGUUCGGUGUAGACUGCAGCGCAGUGAAGGCGUGCCGAGGAGACCGUUCCGCUCUGCCCACAUCGGGGUGUGCGACGUCCGAGAAGCCGCGGCCCGGGAGCGGGCGGCCAGCGCCACGGGGAGCCGGCCUCUGUUUUACUUUCGUUUCGGGGUGGACCAAGCGCUGCCGCCAGAGCGCCGGGCUCCCGUGACGCCCUCCUCCUCCUCACGCUACCACCGCCGGCGGUCUUCAGGGUCCCGAGAUGAGCGCUACCGGUCGGACGUGCACACCGAAGCUGUUCAGGCGGCUCUCGCUAAACACAAAGAGCGGAAGAUGGCCGUGCCGAUGCCCUCCAAGCGCAGGUCCCUGGUCGUGCAGACCUCGAUGGAUGCCUACACACCCCCAGAUACCUCUUCGGGCUCGGAAGACGAAGGCUCGGUGCAGGGCGACUCCCAGGGAACCCCCACCUCCAGCCAGGGCAGCAUCAACAUGGAGCACUGGAUCAGCCAGGCCAUCCACGGCUCCACCACGUCCACCACCUCCUCGUCCUCGACCCAGAGCGGGGGCAGCGGGGCCGCCCACAGGCUGGCCGACGUCAUGGCCCAGACCCACAUAGAAAACCAUUCUGCACCUCCCGAUGUAACCACUUACACCUCAGAACACUCGAUGCAGGUGGAACGGCCCCAGGGCUCCACCACGUCCCGGACGGCACCCAAGUACGGCAACGCGGAGCUCAUGGAGACCGGGGACGGAGUCCCGGUAAGUAGCCGGGUAUCAGCAAAAAUUCAGCAGCUUGUCAAUACCCUCAAGCGACCGAAGCGCCCACCAUUACGAGAAUUCUUUGUUGACGACUUUGAAGAAUUGUUAGAAGUUCAACAGCCAGAUCCGAACCAACCGAAGCCGGAGGGGGCCCAGAUGCUGGCGACGCGAGGGGAGCCGCUGGGGGUGGUCACGAACUGGCCGCCGUCGCUGGAGGCUGCGCUGCAGAGGUGGGGCACCAUCUCGCCGAAGGCCCCCUGCCUGACCACCAUGGACACAAAUGGGAAGCCCCUGUACAUCCUCACUUACGGCAAACUGUGGACGAGAAGUAUGAAGGUUGCUUACAACAUUCUGCAUAAGUUGGGAACAAAGCAAGAACCUAUGGUGCGGCCUGGAGACCGGGUGGCGCUGGUGUUCCCCAACAACGACCCGGCUGCCUUCAUGGUGGCGUUCUAUGGCUGCCUGUUGGCUGAAGUCGUGCCCGUGCCCAUCGAGGUGCCGCUCACGAGGAAGGAUGCAGGGAGCCAGCAGAUCGGCUUCUUGCUCGGAAGCUGUGGCGUUACUGUCGCCCUGACUAGCGAUGCUUGCCACAAAGGACUACCGAAAAGCCCAACAGGAGAGAUCCCGCAGUUUAAAGGUUGGCCAAAGCUACUCUGGUUUGUCACGGAGUCAAAACAUCUCUCCAAGCCUCCUCGAGACUGGUUCCCACACAUUAAGGAUGCCAAUAACGACACUGCUUAUAUCGAGUACAAGACGUGUAAGGACGGCAGCGUGCUUGGUGUGACGGUGACGAGGAUUGCAUUGCUGACACACUGCCAGGCCCUGACGCAGGCCUGCGGCUACACGGAAGCGGAAACCAUUGUGAACGUGCUGGAUUUCAAGAAGGACGUCGGACUCUGGCAUGGCAUCCUAACGAGCGUCAUGAACAUGAUGCACGUGAUCAGCAUCCCGUACUCGCUGAUGAAGGUGAACCCCCUCUCCUGGAUCCAGAAGGUCUGCCAGUACAAAGCAAAAGUGGCUUGUGUGAAAUCAAGGGAUAUGCACUGGGCGUUAGUCGCGCACAGAGAUCAAAGAGACAUCAACCUCUCCUCUCUCCGGAUGUUGAUAGUGGCCGAUGGCGCCAACCCUUGGUCUAUUUCUUCCUGCGAUGCAUUUCUCAACGUCUUCCAAAGCAAAGGCCUUCGACAGGAGGUCAUCUGUCCUUGUGCCAGCUCACCAGAGGCCCUCACAGUGGCUAUCCGGAGGCCCACGGACGACAGCAACCAGCCGCCCGGCCGGGGCGUCCUCUCCAUGCACGGGCUGGCCUACGGCGUCAUCCGCGUAGACUCAGAAGAGAAGCUGUCUGUGCUCACCGUCCAGGACGUUGGCCUCGUGAUGCCUGGAGCCAUCAUGUGUUCGGUGAAGCCAGAUGGGAUUCCUCAGCUGUGCAGAACAGAUGAAAUCGGGGAGCUGUGUGUGUGUGCUGUCGCAACAGGCACAUCAUAUUACGGCCUCUCCGGCAUGACCAAGAACACCUUCGAGGUGUUUCCCAUGACAAGCUCGGGGGCGCCCAUCAGCGAGUACCCCUUCACAAGGACGGGCCUGCUGGGAUUCGUCGGUCCCGGGGGGCUGGUCUUUGUGGUGGGCAAGAUGGACGGCCUCAUGGUGGUCAGCGGGCGCAGGCACAAUGCCGAUGACAUCGUGGCCACGGCGCUGGCCGUGGAGCCCAUGAAGUUUGUCUACCGAGGAAGGAUCGCUGUGUUCUCGGUGACCGUCCUGCACGACGAGAGGAUUGUGAUCGUGGCCGAACAGCGGCCGGACUCCACGGAGGAGGACAGCUUCCAGUGGAUGAGCAGGGUGCUUCAGGCAAUUGACAGCAUCCAUCAAGUCGGAGUUUACUGCCUGGCCUUGGUGCCCGCAAACACCCUCCCCAAAACCCCGCUCGGCGGGAUCCAUUUGUCGGAAACGAAGCAGCUCUUCCUAGAAGGCUCCCUUCACCCCUGCAAUGUCCUGAUGUGCCCCCACACCUGUGUCACGAACUUGCCUAAGCCUCGGCAGAAGCAGCCAGAAAUCGGCCCCGCCUCUGUGAUGGUGGGGAACCUGGUCUCUGGGAAGAGAAUUGCCCAAGCUAGUGGAAGAGACCUGGGUCAGAUCGAAGACAAUGACCAGGCCCGGAAGGUAGGAACCCAGUUCCUGUUCCUCUCGGAGGUCUUGCAGUGGAGAGCCCAGACCACGCCGGACCACGUCCUCUACACGCUGCUCAACUGUCGGGGUACGAUCGCAAACUCGCUGACAUGCGUGCAGCUUCACAAGCGUGCCGAGAAGAUAGCCGUGAUGCUGAUGGAGAGAGGCCACCUGCAGGACGGGGACCACGUGGCUUUGGUCUACCCACCAGGAAUAGACCUGAUCGCAGCAUUCUAUGGUUGCCUGUAUGCAGGCUGUGUGCCAAUAACCGUCCGUCCUCCGCACCCACAGAACAUCGCGACAACCCUGCCCACCGUCAAGAUGAUUGUGGAGGUGAGUCGCUCCGCCUGUCUGAUGACCACGCAGCUGAUCUGCAAGUUGUUGCGGUCCAGGGAGGCAGCGGCAGCUGUCGAUGUCAGGACGUGGCCCCUCAUGCUGGACACAGAUGACUUGCCAAAGAAGCGGCCCGCCCAGAUCUGCAAACCGUCCAUUCCAGACACCCUAGCGUAUCUCGAUUUCAGUGUGUCCACAACUGGGAUGCUAGCUGGCGUAAAGAUGUCUCACGCAGCCACCAGUGCCUUUUGCCGUUCCAUUAAGCUGCAGUGUGAACUUUACCCGUCUAGAGAAGUGGCCAUCUGCCUGGACCCUUACUGUGGACUGGGAUUUGUCCUCUGGUGCCUCUGCAGUGUGUACUCAGGGCACCAGUCCAUUCUGAUCCCACCCUCGGAGUUGGAAGCCAACCCCGCCUUGUGGCUUCUUGCUGUGAGUCAGUACAAAGUCCGGGACACCUUCUGUUCCUACUCAGUGAUGGAGCUGUGUACCAAGGGGCUGGGCUCCCAGACGGAGUCCCUCAAGGCGCGAGGUCUGGACUUGUCCCGCGUGAGGACCUGCGUGGUCGUGGCGGAGGAACGGCCUCGCAUCGCUCUCACACAGUCGUUCUCCAAGCUGUUCAAGGACCUGGGCCUCCAUCCACGGGCUGUCAGCACCUCAUUUGGCUGCAGGGUGAACCUGGCGAUCUGCUUGCAGGGGACCUCAGGACCUGACCCGACCACUGUCUACGUGGAUAUGAGAGCCCUGAGACACGACAGAGUCCGUUUAGUAGAAAGAGGAUCUCCUCAUAGCUUACCCCUGAUGGAGUCCGGAAAAAUUCUCCCAGGAGUUCGGAUCAUAAUUGCCAACCCAGAAACAAAAGGACCCUUGGGAGACUCGCACCUUGGAGAGAUUUGGGUUCACAGUGCUCACAACGCCAGUGGGUACUUCACGAUCUACGGAGACGAGUCCCUCCAGUCAGAUCACUUCAGCUCAAGAUUAAGUUUUGGAGACACCCAGACCGUCUGGGCACGCACGGGCUACUUGGGGUUCCUGCGGAGGACCGAGCUCACAGAUGCAAAUGGAGAGCGCCAUGAUGCCCUCUACGUGGUCGGGGCACUGGACGAAGCCAUGGAGCUACGGGGCAUGCGGUACCACCCGAUUGACAUCGAGACCUCGGUCAUCAGGGCCCAUAAAAGCGUGACCGAGUGGUGA